CGCCUAGAGGGGGGAGGGAGGGAGCGUUGCCGGGGUGGGUGUGGGUGGCUCUGUGGCGGAGAUGGACCAGCGGCUGGCCGAGCUGGUGGAGGAGCUCACCACGGCCGGGGAGCCGCAGCUGGAGCCCGGCAGGAUGAAGGAGCUGAAGAAAAUCUGCAGGUCAUCGGAGGAGCACCUGAGCCACGCGUACCACCUGCUGCUGACCAGGCUCCACGAGGAGCACGCCGAGAUGCGCUUCUCCGCUUUCCAGAUCGCUCAGGAGCUCUUCUCCCGCUCGCACCUCUUCCGCACGCUGCUCGUUUCCAACUUCCAGGAGUUCCUGGAGCUCACGGUGGGGACGGACCACGAGCAGCCGCUUCCCCCGCCCCGGGAGGUGGCCCAGAAGCUGAGGAAAGCGGCCAUCGCGGCAGUGCAGGGCUGGCACGAGAAGUACGGCGAGGCCUACAAGAAGCUGUCGCUGGGAUACCACUAUUUGAAGCAGAACAAGAAGGUGGAUUUUCAGGACGUGCAUGCAAGAACAGUGGCUGAAAGGAAGAGGGAAGAAGAGAAGCAAAAACGAUUGGAUAAUGUUUACAAGGAAAAAGCCAAAAGAGCUGAAAAAGAAAUGGCAGAGAUGUCCCAAGAGGUUGCUGGAACACUGACGGAGAUGGAGAACUGUUUCCGGCUUCUGUUGCCAGAUCCUUUUGACUUCACUGUGAACAGCACAGGACUGGAACCCAACGAACAAACGAGUGCUGAUGAAGAUAGAUCUGCAUCUUCCUUGCCCACGUAUGUGGGAUGUGUGGAUGAUGAACAGCCGUGCUGCAGCAAGGACAUUCUUCCUAUUUCUCAGUGUGUUAGAACGGAUCAAAACGAAGAGUUAGCUGACAAACAGAAGAAGCCUGAGCAAGAUCUGUUAGAUGGAGACACGUGCUCUGAAGUUGAAUCUGGUGUUCCUGUUCUUGGAGAUGAUGAUUAUGAGACUUUUGUCAGGAAUCAUGGACUUAUUUCUCAUAAGUAUGCUCUAGACCUUGAGCUCUCCACAGAUAUCAAAGUGCACGAGAACGAAGACAAUACUGCUGUAAUAAACAGUGUUGCAGAUGCUCACAAACUCGUCAGAAAUAAAUUCUUGCCUUCUGUGCAGUCCUGGAUUCAGCUAUUUACCCGAGCAGGAAUAAAUGACGAUCGGUUGAGAUGCGCCAUUGAUCUCAAGAAUAGACUGGAGGCUGCUCUGAGGAAAUACAAAGAAAUGAACAUUUCUUUUAAAGAGAGAAAAAGAAAAGUGAUGAAAGCUUCAGAUGAUGGUGAUGAUGACGAUGAUGAUGAAGAUGACUUUGUGGAGGUCCCUGAGAAGGAAGGUUAUGAGCCCCACAUUCCAGACCACCUGCGUAAGGAAUAUGGCCUUGAGCCCCAGUCACCACCAAAAGCACCAGCAAGGAAGGCCCCUGCAGGACCAACUCCGCUCAGCUCCUGUGCCCGGCUGAACAGGAAUGAAGAUGAACUCGAUCCAACCUGUGCAGCUGCAACACUGAAGCUUAUCAGAGACAAACUACCAAAGUUAACACCUCCACAGGCCAGUGAGUCUGCAACUACUGAGCCAGCAGCUUUGGAAGAGCCUGACAGUAAGAGAAGAAAACUAGAAGAGGAAAGAGCUAAAGCUCCCCUCAUGCCUUUUGGGUUAGAUCUUCACUACUGGGGACAGGAUCAGCCAAGUGCUGGGAAGAUUCUCAAAUUUACUUCCGAGCAUCGAUUUUGGGCACCCAGUGAAGUAGAGGAAGAGGUAGAAAAUAAAGAAAUAACCGAAAUGUUAAAAACCAGAUAUAUAACAUUUGCUGGCAAGUUUGAACCAGUGAAGCAUAGAUGUCGAGCACCAAUGCCUGAUGGAAGUCUGUGCGAAAGACAAGAUCGGAUUAAGUGCCCUUUCCAUGGAAAGAUAAUUCCUCGGGAUGAGUGUGGGGUUCCUAUUAAUGCAGAGGACAGAGCCAGAGAAGAAAAGAUGCGCUUUGAGAAGCAAGCAACGCAGCCAGAGUGGCGAGAUCCAGAAUUCAUGAGAGAAGUCGAAGCAGCCACGGGAGUGGAUCUUGGUUCUUCUAAAACGAAUGGGAAAGGAGGAAAAAAGAAAGGGAAGAAGAAAUACCCAAAUCUGACAGACCUGAAGCAGCAGGCUAACACUGCCCGUUCCCGGCUUGAGAAGAUAGUCUUCAAUAAAGGUGCUGUGAAACGAGUGGUGAAAGCAAUGAAUCAGAUGGACCAAAGAAAGCAUGAGAAGUUUGCCAACCAGUUUAACUAUGCUCUGAAUUAAGUUGUAACAAAACGCAAAGAUCAACAGGAGUGCAACUGUACAAAGCUUUUAGCACAGGCCUCUGUGUUUGAAAUACUGUGCUGUGUGCAUCUUUACUGGGAUUACUUUUUAAAGUGUUUUUAACUUCUAAUUUAUUUUACAAUUAACAUGAAUUUUGGCAAAGAUGUGGUAGUGCAUAAUGGACUUAAUACAUUUAAUGAUAAGUAUUGGAGAUUUACCUGAAAUGUAACUUAUUUUGUGACUUGUGCAUACUCUGAAUAAAAUGUUCAGGGCCUUUUUGCCUUCCUACGGGACCAAUAUGAUUUACACAUUGUUUGCUAGAUCAGUUGUGAUUUGCCUUGACUUUCAUACCUUCAGAAAGAUGCCUUAGAAACAAUUUGAUUUUCACUCGAGGUGGUAACACACAGGCUAUUUGCUUAGCCUUAUAUUCUAGAAAGACUGCUACGUUAAGUAGCCCACUGGCUCCUCCAAAGGCUUCUUGCACAUGAACUGGAAAAAGCCACCCCAAUCAUGAUCAGAAGACAUCGGUUUGAUUUCAGCAGGUUUAAGAGCCAAUUCAAACUCAGUAGCUGGGGCAUCAGCGUAGAAGCUGAAAUUAAGUUGGUCUUGAUCUCCUUGUCUUCCAAAGAUGGUCUCCCAGUCUGUUUCAGAAAUGAG